AUGCCGCCUCGAAUACCAGUCUUGUCGUGCCUGCGGGCAUCGACGUCCUCUAUCUCCACCCCAUUCUCACUGCCCAUCCGAACUUUUGCCUCUACAGCACUUCUCCAAGCCAAGACCAUAGAUCAAGUGAGGCAACGCCAGCGCCGGCUGAAUGACCCGUAUCUGGUCGCACAGCGGAAUCGAAAGAAGGAGGCCAAUCUGUCGCGCCGCGCCGAGCUCGAGGAAGCACGAGUAGCCAGCCUCGGAAAUCCUGUCCGUGGUGUACCGACGCCGUUUGUCGAGUCUUUCGAAACAGGCAUGCCAAUUACACAUGAAGAGGGCAAGAAGAUACCUGAAGACCAUUUACACUUGAACUAUGCUUUUGAUCCCAAGACUGUCGAGCAGCAGCUGGAAACCAGUCAAAAGCUAGCUGUGCCGCUCAGCGAGCUUGGAAAGCCGGUUGCGACACAAUCGUAUCAGUGGAGUGACUCACGACAGUACGAAAAGGCAGAUGCAAUGGAGCAGGCGGCAGAAGACAUUGAGGCACAAACCAAAAAGGAUCAUGCGCGGGCUGCGGAGGCGAUUGCACGGAUUACUGCCCUCGAGAACGGCUCAAGUAAGGAUCGCAUGCGUGUGAACAAAGCACGUUGUGUGGAGACAUUUGGGCGGCACAACACCGACAAGAUUUUCCCACCAAAGGCACCCACUUUGCAAAAAUCAGGUGCCACCGAGUUGCAUCCUGUGCGUCCCGAGACCAACGUCGACAAGGCGGGCAAGCGUGUUGGGCCAGACACAGGAUCUUCGGAAGUUCAGAUUGCAAUCUUGACGGCGAAAAUCAAGACGCUUGCCGACUUCCUGCAGACACGAGGAAAGGGAGACAAGCACAACAAGCGAAAUCUGAGGUUGCUUGUACACAGGAGGCAGAAGUUGCUGCAGUAUCUGCGGAGGAAAGAGCGCGGUGGGCCAAGGUGGCAGCAUUGCAUUGAGACUCUGGGAUUGACCGAGGGCACUUGGAAAGGAGAGAUUUCUCUUUGA